AUGAGAGGGGUUGUGGCGGCGGAGCGCGAGACGUUCUUCCAGGCCUCUGUGCAAGAUGGCGAGCCGUACCGGUGGACUGCACUGGACGCCUCCCUGGACAUCAGUGGCACUCUUCGGUUGUCGCACCUGGUGUACCUUCCUCCGCCAUCGUUGGAGGAGCUGAGAGUGUUUGAGGCGUCGCGAGACAUCUCACCUGCUGUGACUGUGCAUUCUGUUCGCGCGAUCGUGCGCACGUUGACCGCCAACAAGAAGGUAGAGGAGUACGUGGUGGCGUGCUUCCCGCUAGAUGUGCAGAGGUUGUCCAGCGCGCAAACCUUCACAAUGCCGUCAACACAGGUCAACCAAAGCGGGGCCGCCGCCGCAGCUGCCAGUCCGCUGCCAAAGUACACCGUAGCCUCUCUGCUACCGCACCGGUACGACGCGGCAGCAGGUCUGUCGAACACCUUUCUGUUGCCAUGCCCGACAGACAUCGUCACGCAGCUGAACAUUCGCCUGGGGCUGGAUGGGUUUACGGAGCUACGGGUUGAUGGUCCAGGAACGGUGGUGUUCACGGGAGAGCAGCGGCUGACGAUGGUUGGCCACCGACGACACGAAUACACUCUUCGUUAA